AAGGUGGGUUCAAAUUGCAACAUUCAUCUCAUCUCCUCUCCAACUCCUAAUCCUCCAAACCAGCCUUCUUUGCUAGUCAUCAAACCAAAAUGGCAAGGCUGACAUGCUUCUUCCCCAUUCUCCUUGUUGCUGUCCUCUUGGCCUUCUCCCAAGGAGCAUCUGCACGAGUGUAUGAAGAGAAGCAAAACAAGGAGCUGCCGGAAACCGGCGCACCGGUGGUGACCAACCCGCACGGCACCACCCAUUUGGUACCGCAUCCCGCCGGCGGCAAGGGGGAAGCACAUGGCGACCUCAUUAACUGCUUCACAUGCCCACUCAUCCUCAAGUUCUGCUGCGGCAUCUUCUGCUGCUCGGAGGCACAGUACAACGAGUACGUCAAGCUCCAAGGCCUCCCCCACAAUUGAUGAAGCAUGGAAGGCACGUCGUCUCUCUUCUGCUGCUGGUGUCUAGCUAAGUACAGUGAAAAAUCAGUCACUGCCGUGUUAUUGCUGAUUGCUCAAUAAAGGCAUGCUGCUGUCUUGCAGCUACUGCUUAAUAUUUGUGUCUGUCUUCGUGUGCUGCUGCUUCUGUGCCUGUAAAGGCGAAGUGCUUGUGGUCUGCAACAUUGGUGUCCUUGUGUAAUGAAGGAAAAUAAUUCCAUUUA